AUGUCCCACUCCAACACCAACGUUAACAACAACCUCGAUAACACCCCGCGCGUCCUUUGCUCCCAACAACGCGUAGACACCAAUAGGUCCAUGCAUGCGUCACCUAUCAUGGACGAGACGGCCGACUACGCAGGCACCCCCGAAGACGAACUUGAAGAGUUCUUCACCGGGAGUGCCCGCACCGAAACCCAGAUGUCGCAGGCCGACAAAGUUAUGAGGGAGCCCUCUCCUCAACCCCCUCAGACAGAGCACGAACCCGCCACCCCACCUAAGAAAGUAUGGCGGACCAUCCAGAUCCCCUUCAAACGACGCCCAAACACACCCCCUGGUACCACCCCAGCGGACUUCCCCCCUCUUCCCCCCCCCUCGUCGUCGAACAUGGUGCCAACCGCAAGAGCCCCUGCCAUAGGACGCUCCCAGGCGAAAGCUCCUGCCCCCAAGGCAGGAGAAACAGACAAUCGCAAGCGCCAGCGGGCAGCCGAUCCCACCGACAACCAACCUGCAAAACGCGCUAGCCGCGACCACCCCCCACCUCCCCCUCCACGUGAACCUCAUAUCCCUACCCAUACCGGAGGGGUGCUCCCCAGCGUCACUCUCGAACUACCCCCUCAUCCCCCCAUCCCAAACCCUUUCCGCGACAAACCACAGUCCGAACGUCACAUCUCGCCUGAUGACCACGACAGCGAAGGGGACGACGACGACGACGCGCUGAGCUACCUCAGCAUGUAUAGCGAAGCGCUCACCGACCAGGCCUAUGGAGAGGUCAAAGGCCUCCACCCCACGCCAGAGGAUGGCUACGAUGUUGUGCAAGGGGUGACGCUAGACAUCAUCACCGCGAACCUUGACCCGAAAGUUCUCGAAGACUGGAAAAGGGUAAUCACUAGAGGGGGGACAUGUUAUGCAGUGCCAGUUGGGGGUAUACCUGAAGGUGAUGCCCCCGACAUCGCAGAUGCGGUUAAUACCUGCCUUAACAAGGCGUUCCCACAUAACCCCAACAUCAACGUCGCUCCCGGCAUAUACAUCUCUACAAACCCCAAACUCCCCUGCCCCCUCCUUAUCUCCGGCCUCGAGCGUCACGAUCGCAAAAUCACUGAACAACGAGUCGCAUGGUCCCUUCUCCCGGGCUUCACUUUCCUCACUUUCAAAACAACCCCCUUCCAGACCCACUACGUGAUGACUCUAGGUAACCUUAACUAUAAGGCUACCCGCCCCAGCGAGAGGGUCAUUGAGGAGACUAUCCGCAACCAUAUCACAACAAACAACGAGCUCAAGAACCACCUCUCCCGUGAAAUGGCCACUAUCACGUCUGACCCCGAGAUCACUGGCUCCCGCAUCCAGAGAGACAUGGCUUCGACAGUAGCAGUCCAUGCUCUGGAAGUCCUCCAACCCGGGGGGAAGGCAACGCGCGUCGUCUUCAGAGUGUAUGUUGCCCCAAUAUGUACUAACAACGUCGUCAUGAACCGCAUCAGGCAGCUGCUUCGCCAAGGCCGGUACUCUACCCCGCGUGGGGCAGCCAUCCCUCUCCCAGAUUUUGAGUGCUCCUUCUGCAUGGGACGCGAUCACCCUACUGGCCUCUGCCCCCUCGGCACCUCACGUCACAUCCACCGCCACCCUCCACCCACAACAAAACCACCCCCUCGGAAGACGACCCGCGGCGAAGGCUCCAGCAAGCCAAAGGGAGGGGGUUUCAAGGCAACAAGCCACAAGGACUUCAAGGGCCAGGUCAAGAGGCGUUGA